CAGACCGCACUCCCUCCACCUGCAUUGAGGAGCUGGGUGUGCUCUGUUUUGUGUGCUUAGUUCUCCGUUGCAUAGCCGGAUGGGAGUGUGUCUACUGAAUUGCGAGAGUCUCCUACACUGCAAGAGUUCAGGAUGAAGACAGGGAGAAGAGAAUGAAAGAACGAGUAGUGAAUAAGUAAGAGCAAGUGAGUGAAAAGGAGCGGCUAUGAAGGGAACAGCACUCAUCGUGUUUACAGCUACCAUCAUCGUCAUCAUCAUCAUAACAGAUGUUGUAGUUGGGGUAGAUGUUUGUGCAUCCUGCCACCAAGAUGCCACCUGUGACGACAAGACUGACGGCUCAGGGAAAGUGUGUAACUGCAUGUACGGCUUCGUGGGAAACGGCAGGACCUACUGCCAAGAUAAAGAUGAAUGUCAGCUGGGGCGGAUCUGCGGAGACCACAGCAAGUGUCACAACACGUACGGAAGCUACUUCUGCACGUGUGUGUCGGGGUACAGCCCCACCAACAGCCUGGAUGUGUUCAUCCCCAAUGAUGGCACGUCCUGCCAUGAUGUGGAUGAGUGUUUAGCGGACAGUGUUUGUGGUGAGGGUGGUAUGUGUAUGAACACAGACGGUGACUUCUACUGUACCUGCAGAACCGGGUACACAGUUCAGCAUGGAUCGGAACCCUUCCAGCCUCACAUACACACUGCCUACUGCCAGAUGGUAGAUUGCGGUCCCCCUCCCUCUGUGCCUCAUACAGUUCAGGUUUCUCCGUUCCUCACUCUUUACGGCAGCAUUGUGCAGUUCACCUGUGCAGAUGGUUUCAACUGGACACGAGGAAAUGUCACCUCCAUAUGUGGCCCAGAUGGACAAUGGAGCUUUCCUAGCAUGCACUGUGAAGAGGUAGAGUGUGGUGUUCCCCCAUCAUUCCCUCACUCAGUGAUGCUGUGGCACGGAGUCAGUAAAGUGGGUGCAGAAGUGCGUUAUCAGUGUUUGGAGGGUUUUUAUAACAGUGGACGUGAAGACGUUGGUGUGUGUACGAGUAGAGGAUCAUGGAGCCUCCUGCACUUCCUCUGUCGGGAGAUCCUCUGCUCUGACCCCCCUGUGCUGCCCCACGCUGACCGGCUGUGGGAUGGCAGCGUUCGUGUUAACAGCUCUGUACUUUAUUACUGUAAGGAAGGAUUUUAUUCUUCACUGGGAGAAAAUAAAUCAGUGUGCAGUCAGAACGGUUCAUGGAGCAGAGCUACUCUGUCAUGUCGAGAGAUCCUCUGCUCUGACCCCCCUGUGCUGCCCCACACUGACCGGCUGUGGGAUGGCAGUGUGCGUGUUAACAGCUCUGUACUUUAUUACUGUAAAGAAGGAUUUUAUGCUGCACUGGGAGAAAAUAAAUCAGUGUGCAGUCAGAACGGUUCAUGGAGCAGAGCUACUCUGUCAUGUCGAGAGAUCCUCUGCUCUGACCCCCCUGUGCUGCCCCACGCUGACCGGCUGUGGGAUGGCAGUGUGCGUGUUAACAGCUCUGUACUUUAUUACUGUAAGGAAGGAUUUUAUUCUUCACUGGGAGAAAAUAAAUCAGUGUGCACUCAGAACGGUUCAUGGAGCAGAGCUACUCUGUCAUGUCGAGAGAUCCUCUGCUCUGACCCCCCUGUGCUGCCCCACACUGACCGGCUGUGGGAUGGCAGUGUGCGUGUUAACAGCUCUGUACUUUAUUACUGUAAGGAAGGAUUUUAUGCUUCACUGGGAGAAAAUAAAUCAGUGUGCACUCAGAACGGUUCAUGGAGCAGAGCUACUCUGUCAUGUCGAGAGAUCCUCUGCUCUGACCCCCCUGUGCUGCCCCACACUGACCGGCUGUGGGAUGGCAGCGUUCGUGUUAACAGCUCUGUACUUUAUUACUGUAAAGAAGGAUUUUAUGCUGCACUGGGAGAAAAUAAAUCAGUGUGCAGUCAGAACGGUUCAUGGAGCAGAGCUACUCUGUCAUGUCGAGAGAUCCUCUGCUCUGACCCCCCUGUGCUGCCCCACACUGACCGGCUGUGGGAUGGCAGUGUGCGUGUCAACAGCUCUGUACUUUAUUACUGUAAGGAAGGAUUUUAUGCUUCAUUGGGAGAAAAUAAAUCAGUGUGCACUCAGAACGGUUCAUGGAGCAGAGCUACUCUGUCAUGUCGAGAGGUAGAGUGUGGUUUUCCCCCAUCAUUCCCUCACUCAGUGAUGCUGUGGAACGGAGUCAGUAAAGUGGGUGCAGAAGUGCGUUAUCACUGUGUGGAGGGUUUUUAUAACAGUGGACAUGAGGAAGUGUUUGUUUGUACAAGCAGAGGAUCAUGGAGCCUCCUGCACUUCCUCUGUCAGGAGAUCCGUUGCAGUGCCCCACCUCCUCUCCUCCAUGCUGUAGUAUUAUGGAAUGGCAGCAGUAAUAUAGGCUCUAAAGCUCAGUACACGUGUAAAGCAGGAUAUCACAGUGUGGGAACAGGAAGUGUGUCGGAGUGUAACUCUCACGGGCGCUGGACCCAUACUAACAUCACAUGCAAAGAGAUCCUCUGCUCUGACCCCCCUGUGCUGCCCCACACUGACCGGCUUUGGGAUGGCAGUGUUCGUGUUAACAGCUCUGUACUUUAUUACUGUAUGGAAGGAUUUUAUGCUGCACUGGGAGAAAAUAAAUCAGUGUGCAGUCAGAACGGUUCAUGGAGCGGAGCUACUCUGUCAUGUCAAGAGGUAGAGUGUGGUGUUCCCCCAUCAUUCCCUCACUCAGUGAUGGUGUGGAAUGGAGUCAGUAAAGUGGGUGCAGAAGUGCGUUAUCACUGUGUGGAGGGUUUUUAUAAGAGCAAACACGAGGAUGUGUGUGUAUGUACAAGCAGAGGAUCAUGGAGCCUAAUGCACUUCCUUUGUCAGGAGGUAAACUGUGGCGAGCCUCGUCCUCUCCCUCACACAGUGCUAGUGUGGAACGGCAGCUCUGCUCUCGGCUCUGUGGCUCGGUAUGAAUGUGAAACUGGAUAUAGGAGUGUUACUGCAGAAAGUGUGUCUGUCUGCGGCUCUGACAACCGGUGGAGUGAUGUUAAAUUGCACUGUGAAGUUUACUGUGGUCCGAUCCCGAUGCUGCAGAACGCAGAGGUUCUCUGGGGAAAUGGCACUGUCACUGUCCAUCACUGUGUUAAAGGCUACUACAGACAUUCAGGAAGUGACAUAUCAAUAUGUGACAUGACAGGAAAAUGGCGGAUGGCUACAAUGCGCUGCAGAGAGAUGAAGUUCAGUGUUCAGAGUUUGACUGUGUUUAAUGAGAAAUGUCUGCGCUGGAGGACGGCUGCAGAAUCGCAAGGCUACAAACAACAAUACAUAGUGGUGUUCAUUGGUGUCAGAGAUUUUGAUUCCUUCUUCAGUGAUCGACGAAGGAAAGUGUUCAGUUCGUCAGCGUUACAUCCUGCUGUGUGUUUGAACCUGCAGCCCAUCACCAACUACACCAUCACUGUGACUGCUCUGGAGACUGGAGACACAGCUAUUAUUACUGCCAACACUAGCAUACCUGCUCCGCCCACUCCUGAGGUCUUGUACAGUGAGGUUGAUUCUCAGAGACCGACUUUACGAUUACGAAGAGCCACCAGCACACUAGACCCAAUCUGUGUGUAUCAGGUGAUCGUGUUACCCGUGGCAGGCGUGUUGGUGUUCAAAUGUGGCUCGUCUCAAUCCUGUGGUGGAGAGUACAUUGCGGCUCAGCUGCAGCUCUGUGAGCUCGGCAUAGAGGUGAACUUCACACUGGGGAACCGAGAGCAGUACGGAACCUUCUAUAACGCACCACUGGUGAACGGCCGAGAUUACUACAUCAUCCUACGCACCGUCUGCACCUGGGGGCUGGUGAAAAAGCAGUCAUGUGUUGUCUGGGCCAGAGCAAGAGGCGCCUCCUAUGCUACCAGGAUUUCUGCUUUGGUGACGUUUGGCUCCAUCUGUGCCCUGGGUUUCUUUAGUGUGACUGUUUACUACUGCUGCUGGUCAGAGUCUAUCAUUUUCUUUUCACCCUUGUCCACUAUCUAAAUACUGUAUGAAUGAGCAGAAAGUAAAGAGUAUGGAGACCUUUAUUUAACAGAUCUAAUUUCACCAACACUGCAAGGUGGAUAAAGUUUAUUUCUCAGAGAUUCAUAUCAGCUUGCGAACGUCACUUUUUAUGAUAAGUACCUCGUAUGUUAAUUUAUUACAGAUCACCCAGGAAGUAAAUUUACUGUAGAAAAGUUUUUGUGCACAACCUUUCUAAGUGCAGUGUGUUUUGUUUUGCUUUAUUACAAGUCAUUGAUAUAGAACAGACAGGUUUCACUAAAGUAUUAAGUAUAAUUAAAGGCUAAUUACAGUCACAGAAGUGACGUUCAGCACAAUCAUAAUGCAGGUGAUGAAGAUGAUUCGGC